GGCGGGCGGGCUGCUUGCCUGAUCUGGGCGGGACCAGCCGACCUGUGCUGAUUCCUACCAUACAUAAACAUAGAACACCAACAACCUAAGCUACAAGUCCAAAGAGACAACGUCAAACUUGACAACCCCAUCCACGUGCUCCCUCUGGUGACACCACACUUGUUCCCACACCUGCUUCUCGAUUCGCGCGCAUCCGCCUGACUUACCAUUGAUCUCCCGGACUCGACCCUUCCCCAAUCCCCCCCAACAGGCCCGAGGAACAACGCGCGAUCCAGCCCACCCUCCAGCCACAAUGUCGGCCGACGAGAGCACCAAGGCGCCGCGGAGCCGCGUCUUCUUCGACAUCACCAUCGGCGGCAAGCCCGCUGGGCGCGUCACCUUUGAGCUCUUCAACGAUGUCGUGCCCAAGACGGCCGACAACUUCCGCGCCCUAUGCACGGGCGAGAAGGGCGUCGGCAAGGCGGGCAAGCCCCUGCACUACAAGGGCUCGGGAUUCCACCGCGUCAUCAAGCAGUUCAUGAUCCAGGGCGGGGACUUCACCGCCGGCAACGGCACCGGCGGCGAGUCCAUCUACGGCGAGAAGUUCGAGGACGAGAACUUUGACCUGAAGCACGACCGCCCGUUCCUGCUCAGCAUGGCCAAUGCUGGUCCUGCCACCAACGGAUCUCAGUUCUUCGUCACCACCGUCGAGACCCCCCACCUGGACAACAAGCACGUCGUGUUCGGCAAGGUCAUCUCGGGCAAGUCGGUCGUGCGCCAGAUCGAGAACCUGUCCACCGAGGCGGGCGACAAGCCCGUCAAGGACGCCGUCAUCGCCGACUGCGGCGAGCUGCCCGCCGGCGCCGAGGUCAGCCAGCAGGCCAAGGAGGCGGACAAGUACGGCGACAAGUACGAGGACUUCCCCGAGGACGAGGAGGGCGCCGACUCGGAGAAGGGCGUGACGGCCGCCCACGUCAUCCAGGUCGCCUCGGACUGCAAGGAGUUCGGCAACAAGGCCUUCAAGGCCGGCGACCUCGCCGUCGCCCUAGAAAAGUACCAAAAGGGCCUGCGCUACCUCAACGAGGAGCCCGAUCUCGACGCCGACGGCACCCCGGCCGACGCCAAGCAGAAGAUGGACGCCCUCCGCUUCACCCUCAACAACAACUCGGCCCUCAUGAACAUCAAGCUCGCCGCCUGGGAGGACGCAAAGGCCGCGGCCGACAGCGCCCUCCGCGUCAGCUCCGCCUCGCCCACCGACCGCGCAAAGGCCCUGUACCGCCGCGGCCUCGCCCUCAUCAAGCUCAGGGACGAGGACGGCGCCGUGAGGGACCUUGAGGAGGCCAGCAAGCUCGUACCCGGCGAUGCCGCCAUCGCCAACGAGCUGGCCGCCAUCAAGAAGGCGUCGGCCGCCCGUCUGGCCAAGGAGAAGGCUGCGUACAAGAAGUUCUUUGACUGAUUUGCGUUUUCGUGGAAUGGCACGUGGGGAUGGAGGAUGGUGUGGUCCCAUCUAGAAAGCCAGCUCUAGGGUCGAUUUUCUUCUAGGUUGUGGAAUUCGGUCAGUAGGACGGGGAUAUAAAGUGGCACGUUUCAGGUGGUUGAGGGUAAAACAUGGUGUGAAUCGGAGCACGGGAGUCACAGGGUCUUUAAAUGGGGGAUGUUUGCUAUCAGUUCCAGCGCAGGGCGUCAGGGCUUUCCUUUCAAUGCAUAUACCAUUAUCUCGAACAAAACCGCCUCUAUCUGCUUGCCCGACAGACUGCCUGCCGUGCAUGCUUAUAUUGACUUACUUCACAUGGAACAAGGGGCAGACUUAUGGUGAGAGACCUGGUAGGUAGGUAUCUAGGCAGUACAAAUUAUUGCCACA